GUCUUACGUAGAUUUUGGGGCAUUGUGGAAGAAGGGAAACCUGUGCAACAUCUGGCACAUGGGUUUUUUUGGCUGCGUUUUUGAGUUUUACAAUAACUUUGCAAUGGGCAGCUAAACUAUUUAACACAUGACUCGUCGUACGACCAAAUAGCUAGUGAAGUCAUUGUUGUAGACAAAACAGACCACAUACACUUGGCGAGUGUGGGCGACAAAAAGCUAACAAUUGACUUCCCGUGUAGUGAUACAUGCGAUCGGUGGCUUUGGCAGUGAUUAUUUUCAACGAGCUUCUGAAUCCUUGAAGCGGUGAUUAGUGUUUUUUUAAUCGUAUAAUGUGUCAGAGCAUUAGACAAAAGCACUGGGGAUACGUGAACUUCGUGAAACGCUCUUUGUUGUGACAUACCACUCUGGUUAUAGCCAGCAAACUGUCUCAUAUUUAGGGUUUUGGUCCAUUUAGUGCGGUGGGUAACAUUUGUCGUCAAGUGACGGUCACAUAGACGAAGUCGUGGAAGGAAAAUGUCUAGAGGAUCUGAAAGAAAAGGGGAGGUAGCAAACAGCGAGCUUCGCUAGCAUUUAGCCUCCUGUACAGCACGAUUAGUGUCCUGGGGAUAUAAGUUUACUUCAAACACUAAAUUUUCUCCCCCUCCUAGACGUUGUUCAACUGACAGUGGUGGGUAUAAUAUCCGUGGAUAUUAUAUUUUACACAAAUUAAGAUAUAAAACGUACUCGGUUCUUAUUUUGGUAGCGCGCUACUUGAAUAGCUUGGCUAGAGCUAACCUAGCCGCGGAUGACAAAGUGAGGGCAGUCGGCGCUGACUGCUGGAAGUUCGAGUGACGAUUAGUGAUCUUUCUUUCAUUUUCACCAUGGCAACCCCGGUAACUGAGGCAUUUUUGAUAAAAGAUGUUAAACCUGGGUUGAAAAAUUUGAAUAUCGUUUUCAUCGUUUUGGAAAUAGGCCGAGUUACUAAAACGAAAGACGGCCAUGAGGUGCGCUCGUGUAAAGUUGCAGAUAAGAGCGGGAGCAUCGCCAUUUCUGUUUGGGACGAACCCGGCAGUCUCAUCCAACCAGGGGACAUCAUCAAGCUGACCAGAGGGUAUGCGUCGAUGUGGAAAGGCUGUUUAACCCUAUACACUGGAAGAGGAGGAGACAUACAGAAGAUUGGAGAGUUCUGCAUGGUAUACUCUGAAGUCCCCAACUUCAGUGAGCCCAACCAAGAGCUGCUAACACAAGGAAACCAGCAGAACAAAUCGGGUAAACCGGACCAGAAUCAGAGAGGCAACUCGCCACCCAAUCAAAAUUCAGGUACACCUGCACCACCAGGUAAUGGUUCCACCCUUCCUUUUUCCAAUAACAACCCGGCGCCAGGUGGACCCCGGGAUUCUACGUAUGGAAGCGCCGGGCGACCCAACGGUCGGGCCCCCGGUAACGGAGCCCCCCCUGUGUCUGUAACGGGACCACCCACAGCCGCAAAGUCCUCUGUUACCAUUAGCAACGGCCGGGACCCCCGCCGUGCCAAAAGAUGAAAUCAGGUGGUGGGUGGUGAUGGGAUGAGAAAUGAGUUUGUUCUGAUUUGCCUACCUGCCCUAUGAACUUCUGAGCCUUACAGUUGACGGCCGACAGUGGCUUUCACCACAAUAAAUCUGAACUAGGAGCCUCAUUGUUUUCAAGCCAACGUGGUCUAAUGUGGCGUUUGAAUAGGUAGUGUGACCAGUCACAAGCAGCACAUGGUGAUGGUGUCGUACCAGAGGAUGCACCAGUGGGGCUUGUGCAGUCAAAUCAUGACAUCACUGCAGAAUGACAGUCGUGUGUUGAAGUGUUGAACCCACCAA